AUGGCCGUCGGACUCCUCGCGCUGGCCGCCAUCGCCGCUCCCACGUCCACGACCGCACGGUCGCCACUCUUCAGUUCCACGCCAGACCCUCCGCUCGACGCACGUGUGGUCUCCUCCGGGGCCUACCACAGCGACGGACUGGCUGAGCCAUACCGCGACACCGUCCUCUCGGUCUGCGGCAUCAUGGCGGCAUGCACCGAGUCUGGCUAUACUUGGAAGAUCAACUUUGAACCCAAACCCGACGAAAUUUGGCCAGAGUAUCUCGCUGAGGUCCACGCCGAAGAGGUCGCCGGGCGGAGUCUGUCAGGAGCCACGGCGACCAUCUCCCACGAAUUCAAGCUUCCGGGCCACUACCGCGUCGAGGUUUCGUAUGGAAGAAGCUCGCAAGUCACCUUCGUCCGCUGCGCAUACGCCCGCCGCGAGGUGCGUGACCUCGCUAAAGCUGAUUGGGACAAGUACGUGGAGGCGAUGUGGACCAUUGCGCUGCUGCCAUCGGAGCUGGGGCAGGAGCGGUUCGCGUGCCCCAACUUCUAUAACCUCAACGUCUUUACCACGAUGCACGGCGUCAACAGCAUGAAUCGGACGUGCGACCAGGCAUACCCGGAAGUCGGCAUCAAGUCGUUGCUGGACUCCGAAAUCGUUGGUCCGGCCUACUACGGCGGCGGCAAGGCUAACUACGACGAUCGCGACCCGUACGACCCGUACUAUGUCGAGGACGGCCGCUUUGCGCGUUUCCCCCUGCGGGCAAACCGGACGGGGCUCUGCGAGGAGUCGCGGCCUCUCUUUGACGACGCAUACGUCGAUCACUGCAAGUCGAUCAUGGAGGGCGAGGGUGUGUAUACCUUUCGCGGCCCUGCAAACUCGAGCGGCAUCUGGAUGGUGGAGCCACGCUCCGACGAUUCGUACGAGUACGUCUCUCGGCGCAGCUUCUACGGCUAUGCCAACGAGGCUGGCGUCGGCGACAUCGCGCUGCCACAUCUCAUCCCGACCUACGAGGUGCUCGCAAUGGCGACGAGCAUGCCGCUGCUGACCGAGGCGGCCUCUUACAUCAUGAACGACCCAGUGCACGGAUACGCGCACUACACCCUCUCAGGGCUAUGGGGUGGCGGGCUCGACUCCUCGACGAUGUGCAGGGCGGAUGCGCUGGGACCCGCCCCCAUCCCGCUGAUGGAAGUGAUCAAGGACCCCAGCAGGUACGCGGUCUUCGCGUGGUACAACCACAUCAUCGGCCGGGAGAAUGGCUGCUUCACUUGCGACCGCGACGGGUGCACCCGCACAUCCGACGCAGACGAGAAAGGCUGUGCUGACCUCAAUUUCGAAACGCCUCAGUGGAGCGAGUUCGCCGAGGUGGACCCGAUCACUGGCUACGCGAACUUCUGGCACCUGCACCUCAACCAGUUCAACAACGGCAUGUGGAUGAAGGAGAUUUUUUACGGGAUGAGUGGCAGGGCACUCGGCAACGACAAGAUCUUCAUGCCGAACACAGGCACAUUCGGCCGCCACCCGUGGGCCAACCAAGACCCACUCUUCCUCGCGCACCACGCCUUCACCUUUGUGGCCUGGGACCUCGCGAUGAAGAACAUCCGUGACAAGGGCAUCAGCCAGCCGCCGUUGUACGACCUCGAGGAGUUCAUCCGGCAGCGCGGCGUCGACGAAUGCCCGGGCCACAAUCCAGACGACGCGACGGCCACCGCCGUGUAUCGCAACCUCGUGCGCUACCGCAGUGGCCAAACGCCCGGUUCGCGUCAGACAUGGCGCGACAUCAUGACCAUGUGGGCGCCCGACCGCAAAGACUACGAAUGGAUCGUCAAGGAUCCGUACCUCACCGACCUCGAGUUGCUCGCCAACUCGCCCGACUGCAAUGAGGCAUGCGAGGACAGCGCCAGCAUCAUCAGCACGUUCCCGCCUUUCCCGGACUUGGACCUCACGCCGACGCAAAUGUGCCAAGCCACCAUCCAGAACCUCGUUGGCUCCGGCAUGACCGGACGGCAGGCAUGCGACACCAGGCUCAAUGCCAUCAGCAACCAAACGUUCUUCCUCGCAGACUUCCUCACGGUCGAGAACUCGUGUGAGAUGAGCUGCAGGUUCUGCACUUUCGUGUGCGCAAACAGUGGACCCCGCCCAGGGCAGCUUGCUGCUGUCAAUGACCGCGACGAGGGGCUCAGCCAGGCCCUGGAGGAGCGCAUCGAGAAGUACUUGGCCAGUGGCCAGCACAAGAGCCGCGGCGGCCUGGUCUGACGAUUUAGUCACAUAGUUGUCCAGAGAUGCCAGUGCGCGUGAGUGGCCUCGUGGCGGUGGCCGCCCGUGCUCUCUUCUCUCUCCUACCCGUUGGAACCAAGCGGGGGCGUGCAUUCGCUCUCCACUAGUUGGCCGUGGCGGUGGCCGCGCGUACUCAUCUCUCUUCUCUCUCCUCCCCUUUGGCCAGGCGUGCAUUCGCUCUCCACUAGUUGGCCGUGGCGGUGGCCGCCCGUACUCUCUUCUCUCUCCUACCCGUUGGCCAGGCGGGGGCGUGCAUUCGCUCUCCACUAGUUGGCCGUGGCGGUGGCCGCGCGUAUAGGCUACUCGUGUUUGUGUGUUCGCUCCUUUCCUCGGGCCGUUCCAACCUUCCAGCAUCUCCUAAGGUAGUAUAGUAGGAUGAGAACGGGUGCC